AUGCUGUACCAUACAGUUUUGCCUACUGCUGCUUGUAGCUUCAUUGUAGCUGUGAAUGCUCUGUUCCUCUCCUCUUCACCCUUGAAGAUUCGCAAACAUACAAGAUUGGACUGGAGGCAUGGCAUUCCCUGCAUCAUAGCCAAAGGAGGAUGUGAGUCUGAUGGCUUCCUUUCCAUAAACAGCCUUUCCAUCAUUGCAGUAUCUUGAUUUUUGGUUUCAUGGAAGAUUUUUAUUGGAACAGACUCUACAAAAGCAAAAUCCUUUCUAAGGGAAAAGUGUAUGAAAGAUAUCUAA